AUGUCACAGAAAGAGGAUUUGAGCGAAGUGACCGUGAGUCAGACCCUGAGCAGUUGGGAGCUGGACAGAGGCAAGGAACCGAGCCAGUGUGAGCGCCGUUUGCUGGCAGUCCUGCUCGUCUCCGUGUUGCUACUUUUCUUCAUCAUCGCAUCCCUCGUCUGCGCCUUUUGGCUAUUCAUCUUUCCCAAGUUGACUGCGGAGAACAAGGAAAUUGGAGACAAAUUUGCUGUACACAUAUUAGCUGAAUUUGAUCACAACAAAACAGUAAGAUGGUCAACCACUCCCGGCCUUGGAUGGAACCAUUUGGGCAGUGGUUUCCGUUUUGAAAAUCAGAAGUUACAGACCACCAGAGAUGGGAUGUAUUAUGUGUACGCAAAGCUGAAAGUGUACUGCGCUGUUUUAAAUGAAUGCAAGAACAGUUCACCAGUCAAGUUAGAUAUUACCCACUGCAUUGAAAAUGACUGCUCAUCUAUACUGAGUACGGAGAUGAAAGUAUCCCAGGAACAGGAGCAACAGAUUGCUUUUGGAUACUCAGGCACAUUAGUCCAAAUCUCAAGCAAGGGUUUUAUGCAAGCCAAAAUUGAAGGUUUGCAGCAGGAGGACAAUGUUGUGCCAGAUAUUGAACAUAUAUAUUUUGGAGCUUUCUUGAUAGAAAGCUAGAUUUUCUCCAAUCCAUGCAACUGACUGCACUUUAACAAGCUAUGAAUAAUUUGUCUAUGAUUCAUGGAUUGUGCCAAUGUGACAGAUAUUGGUUAUUUAUCAUUACCUAACUUUCUUAUUGUCAGCCUGUUUGAAUCUAGACUUUUUUGCAUGAAGGGACUUAAUGCUUUAAUCUCACUACAUUCUUUACUAUAAAAGAGUGUUUAGUCCUUGCUAUGCAGUGGUUCAAUCAGUUUAUUGGGCAAGUUAUUAUGUCCCUUAUCUGAUAUUCAGAUUAUGGUAUUCCCAAAUUUGGGAUUCUCUACAUAGCCUUUUGUUUUGUAAGAGGUGAAAUACCUGUAUAAAGCACAUUGAAUUGUACUGUUUUGAAAUGUAGUGUUCGUUUCAGUGUCUGUUCCAAGUUCAGGAGAAGAAGAAACCACAUUAAGUUCUCAAUGGAUUCCUAAACUUCCUACAAAUAGACUUUACCAUUCCAAGUCCAGUUAUAGAGACUAGAAAUGCAGCCAAUAUCUGCAGUCCUUAUUCUCAAAGGGUAGAAAACAUUAGCUAAUCAAGGCAAAGAACUACCAAACAUUCAGUGCUGUGAAUGAAAAAAGGCAGUCUAAUAGAGCAACAUGUGUUAGUAGGUUGUGUUCUGGUAGAAUAGCCUAAUGUGUAAUCACAGUAGCACAGAGCAGUGACUCUAACAUUCCAUAUUAGGAAGCUUGGGAGGGUUCAUGUUGUGGUGAGUGUUAAUUGUAUAAAUAGUAAAUUGCUAAUUUUGUACAUCUUAAACAAGAACAGUUAAAAAGUCAAGAUUUCAGAUAUGUAACUUCCGUUUUAUGCAUAUAAAACUCACACAUGCAAAGAAAAAUGGACAGGAGAAGAAAACUAACAGCAGCAUGGUUCUGUAUCACUGGUCCAAAAUCAUAACUAGAUGAACUGGUUCUCCUUUUUUAGAAGAUGCCUUGAUGUUAUUUGCACAGAGAUGAUCAGUCUUUAGUUCACUGGUUGCUUGGUUAGACUCAGGGGACUUUGUUUUCCUGUAGAAAAUCAAGAGGUCAAAUUUUUUUCACUGCAAAGGAACAGAAAUCUGGGUUUCUGGAGCUUUGUGUUCUGUUUUCACUCCCCUCAUAGAGUCUGUACUGCACUACAAACUGAUUAAUCAGGGGCCUGUUGCCAUGCUGAGCUCUCCUGAGCCUUUAACAACUGUACCAAUUUUAAAAGCCAAUCUAAAGAUUGUAUAUGGGCACAAUUGGAACAAACACACACAGAUGGCACUCCUUUGUCUGGGUAUAGUGACCCCAAAAGUAAUGUUGUUGUAUAUGCACCAAUUAGCUUCACUUGUUUUUUUCCAAAAGCAAAAAGAUCCUUCUAUUCUCUUAUUUUUAAAGCAGUGUCUGAUUUUUCUCAAUUUCAAUCCAUUGUCCAAAAAACAAAUAAGGUCUCUUAUGAUAGAAACUUGUCAGACAAUCAACUUGAGCAUCUUGAUCUUUAUAUAUUCAGAUCUAGUUUGACAGUCAAGUAUUCUUAACAAAUGUUAUCUAUUUUCUUGAUGAUUUGGUAAUGUAUAACAAGGUGACCUUAUUUUAUGCACAAAGAUAGAUUUGGGGAAUCUCCACUAAGUGCACAGAUGCUGGAAAGGAAUCUCUUUGUCUUGCAGAAAUUGUAGCUGGGGAUC